CCGGUGGUCAAAGAAAGCACGGAACAGAAACGGAUGCCCUGCAUGUCUCAGGGAGCGACAUGUUUCAAAAGCGCACUUAAAAGCUUUCGCAUGUCGCUUAUUGCUGCUUUCGUAAUGUCGGGUUGGGGAGCGAGAUCAAAGUGUUUCCAGGUGGAAGGAUGCUCUUUUGCACCUCUGUGGACUUGUGGUUGGCUGCAGGAGACGCGGUGUGCCCCUUGAUGCACUGGUGGAGCAGCUGCCAGCUGCCAUGUGGAGGAAAUGGGGGUGUCUGGGUUUGGGGCUGUGCUGGCUGGGAGGUCCUUCGGUCAGCUAUGAGCCCAGCCCAGCUUUUCUCUGCAAUGUCCUGACGUUUGCUCUCCAGCGGUUUUGUGCCUUUCACAAAAGGGUGCAGACUCCUAAGGUCAGGUGGGAAGAGGAGAAACGGGAGGAUGGCAUCAAGUGGCAGCGACUGGAGCACAACGGCCCGUACUUUGCACCGCCUUACGUCCCGCUGCCGGAUGAUGUCCGCUUCUAUUACAAUGGGAAACCUAUGAAACUCAGCCCGGCCGCAGAGGAAAUCGCCACCUUCUAUGCCAAGAUGCUUGACCACGACUACACAGGGAAGGCCAUCUUCCAGAACAACUUCUUCAGCGACUGGACAAAGGAGAUAACCUCCGGAAGAGCAGAAAGAAGCAUCAGAGAGCCGGAAAGUGUGAUUGCAAGAUAUCCAUGCUAAGUAUUUCGUGGAGGUGCGUGAGGCUCAGGAAAUCUCUGCCCAAGGAGGAGAAACAGAAAUUGAAAGUGGAGGCAGAGAAAAUCCAAGAGAUAUACGGCUACUGCAUAAUCGAUGGGCACCGGGAGAAGAUUGGCAAUUUCAAAACCGAACCUCCAGGUCUCUUCCGGGGUCGUGGGGA